AUGUCCGGCCUCGGGAACGUGACGACGACCUCCAGCGGUCUCGCGAGCAUUCCGCCUGAGCUCGUGCCCCUGCUCGCGGCGUGGAUGCCGUUCGACAAGACUCUAGGAGCGUACCUCCUUGGCGCAUUCGCGGGCCUUAUGUUGUACGGCCUGGGCGUGCACCAACUAUACCGGUACUACACCCUCUUUCCGACCGACGAUCUUUACAUCCGCGUCAUGGUUGCAGUCGUCAUGCUGCUAGAAACCGCGCAUGCUGUCCUUACGAUGCAUACAUGUUAUUUCUAUCUAGUCACCAACUACUUCAACUUUCUUGCAUUGCUCGAAGGCGUUUGGUCAUUAUACGCGUUGCCCGUCCUCCUGAGCGGUAUCAUGAUAACUUCUCAGGUGUUCUUCGCCAGACGCGUGUUCCUCAUUGGGACUCGAUACCGCAUCAUCGUCGGGAUUGCUAUGCUCUGCUUUGUUGGAGAGAUAUGCUUCACAAUCGCAACUACUGUCCUGACAUUCCGCUCGCCACUCCUUGGAACGGCGCCGUCCACGGUCUGGCUCGUGCCAUCGACCUUCGCCGCCGCAUUCCUUGCGGAUACCCUCUUUACUGUAACACUCAUUGUAGUCUUACGUCGAAGCCGUUCGGGUCAUACCGGGUUGAAGCGGCCCAAUGAGACGCUCUUCGACAAGUUUAUGUUGUACGCUGUCAGCACUGGUCUCCUACACUGUAUCUUCAACUUCAUCUCUCUCAUCCUGACGACGACGACGUUCCACACCUUCAUCUACAUCUUCUUCAGCAUCAUCUCCGCGCGCCUAUACGCGAACUCCCUGCUGGCAGUGCUGAACUCGCGCGCGCCCAUCGCCGGCCGCGGCCUCGAGGUCUUCGACGCCGGCACCUACGACCUGCACCUGCUCGCGCGCGUGCAGCAGCGAGCGGCGAAGGUGACGUGGAACGUGCCUCAGGCGCCCGAGCGCGCGCAGGCGUCGAUCGCGAUCAAGGUGACGACGGAGAGCGAGGGCUGGGACAGCAAGGCGUCGGGGCUGUCGGUGUGA